CUCUUUUCAGAGCUCCCUUCGUCAGAACACUUGAGUGUGGCAGAUGCUACAUGGCUGGCUCUCAAUGUGGUUUCAGGCGGAGGCAGCUUCUCCAGCUCUCAGCCCAUCGGGGUGACCAAGAUUGCCAAGUCAGUAAUAGCGCCGCUGGCUGACCAAAACAUUUCUGUGUUCAUGCUGUCCACCUAUCAGACCGACUUCAUCCUGAUACGCGAGCGGGACCUGCCCUUCGUGAUGCAUACGUUGGCUGCUGAGUUCACCAUCCUCAGGGUCGUGAACGGGGAGACGGUGGCUGCCGACGACUUCGGGAUAACGAAUGGGUUUGUCAAGCCGAAAUUGGUUCAGAGGCCAGUUAUCCAUCCUCUUUCCAGUCCAAGUAAUAUGUUCUGUGUCACCAGCCUGGAUCCAGAUACCCUUCCAACUGUUGCUACACUCCUAAUGGAUGUCAUGUUUUACUCCAAUGGAGUAAAAGACACGGUGGUGGGCAGUGAAGACUCUGGACACAUUCGCUUUUUCUCCUUCUCUCUCAUUGAGGGUUACAUCUCCUUGGUGAUGGAUGUACAGACACAGCAGAGGUUUCCUAAUAAUUUGUUGUUUACAAGUGCAUCUGGAGAACUCUGGAAGAUGGUUCGGAUUGGCGGGCAGCCACUUGGCUUUGAUGAAUGUGGAAUUGUCGCUCAGAUUUCUGAGCCUUUGGCCGCCUCCGACAUCCCAGCCUAUUACAUCAGUACUUUUAAGUUCGAUCACGCAUUGGUACCUGAAGAAAAUAUAAAUGGCGUAAUCAACGCACUCCAAGUCAGUCAAGCUGAAAAGCAUUAGACAUCUUCUGAGCUGGUUGCAGAUGCUUUUUUAUUAUUAUUCCUUUUCUCACAGUAUUUCUUGAAAAAUCUGACUCUGGAGAGAGAGAUUGAGGCGUCAUGACAAGAGACUGUGAACUGAUGAGCAGAAGCAGAGGCAGCUCCAACAAGUCUUUUUUUUUUUUUUUUCCCCUUUCUUUCUUAAAAGUGGGAGGGCGGGGAGUUGUUAUGAUGGUUUCCUGACAUUAGACUCCAAAGCAAAAUGCUUUCCUGCUUUUUUGGUGUGAAAGGAAUUGCAGGUAGAGAUGCAGCCUCUCACUGAAAUGCAGAGGUAUAGACAGAUUGCAUACACAGUAGCUUUAGGGAGAGCUUCAAAACAACACCUGACGGGGAAGCGCUGCUUUUUUAGCAGAGAGCAUGAAAAGCAUAAAUGAAAGAGAUGUGGAAUUAAAAGGAAAACAAAAUGUUGAACUGCAUUGAUCUUUCUACUAGCAUCAGACUAUAUAAAAAUGGUAACAAUCCCUUAUGAUCUAUGUUCAGAUUGGAUACUAUUUUCCUUCACAAUUCAAUGUUGUGAGAGGGUGGGAAAUAAACUAUUUAUUUUUUUUUCCUUCUGCAA